AUGGCCGAAUUAAAAAAGACACCCCAGGCCAAAGACGCCUCUCCUACCAACGCGCUCAAGCGUCGUUCACCUUCCAAGGACAAGGCCUCUUCUGCGACCGUCUCCGAGCCGCCGACGAAAACUUCAAAGAAGCGUAGAAAAGUCAAUCAUGCAUGCAUAUACUGCAGACGUUCGCACAUGACCUGCGAUCUCCCUCGUGAAAGUAUCAAAAAGUCAAAGUCGGAGCCUGAAAACCCUGAAGCAGAGAGUGAGACUCCUAAGAAUGGAACAUCCCACUCCGAUACCGCUUCGAGCGUCGUCCCCCAGCAGACCAGCGCCCCAGAUGCAGGGCUUAACCUGGGGCCGCCGCUCCUCCCUCCUAAUAGAGUUGACAGCACAACAUCAGUCGCCCCAUCUGACGCCGUAUCCGCGCCACAGCUGUCGUCUCUGACCUCUACUAGUCAGCCCUUCCUGAACUACGAUGACUUGUUCUCCUCGUCCCAAAAUAAUUUCCAGGACAUGCACCCCUCCUAUAUGUUCAACACACCCGAAGUCGGUAAUGAGUAUAAUCUGCUCAACGACUUUCUCAAUAACAGCCUCAUGGACGACGGCGCCUUUUACGGAGGUGGGGAUUUCCACACCCUAUUCUCCGAUGCCUCUUUGAUGAACUCCUCCAUGGGUACCCUUACCAACAACUCCACCUUCAACCCGAAUGCGUCGAGAAACGCUCAGUUGCUGCCGCCACCUGCGCAAACGGCUUCCAGUAAUGAGAUUCGGCAGCCACCAAGCCGUCUUCCCAUUGACAAGGCACGGGAAAGGUACCUAAUGACAGCUGCCGACCCUGCUGGCUCAAGCUCAGACAGUCCCGAAGAACGCAUGAACAAGUAUCUGAAAGCCAAGAUGGAUGCAGGCCUUUUGAAGCCUUUCAAUUACGUCAAAGGCUAUGCCCGAUUGAACCAGUACAUGGAACAGAACUUGCAGCAGAUAUCGCGCGUACGGGUGUUGCGCCAGCUGGACAGAUUCCGACCAAAGUUUCGUGAGCGAAUGGAGAAGCUGACUGACGUGGAUCUUGUGCGCAUUGAGAUGUGGUUCGACAAGAGCCUGAUGGAGUAUGAUCGCGUUUUUGCGAGCAUGGCCAUACCCGCAUGUUGCUGGCGGAGAACCGGCGAGAUCUAUCGCGGAAACAAGGAGAUGGCGCGGCUCAUUCACGUACCGAUGUCAAAGUUCCGAGACGGCACCAUCGCUUUACAUGACAUCAUCGCUGAGCCGUCGCUGGUGUCGUAUUGGGAGAAGUUCGGUGCCAUCGCCUUCGACCACACCCAAAAAGCUAUCUUGACUAGCUGCUCCCUCAAGAACCCGGAUCCCAAAUCCAAAGAUCCCGAGAUACGAUGCUGCUUUUCCUUUACGGUCAAGCGCGACAUGUGGAAUAUACCCGCCUUGAUCGUAGGCAAUUUCCUACCCAUUACCGAUGCCACAUCCGGCCCGUUACCGGCUGCUUAG